CCAACCGAUAGCAGGACAAUUAUUGCGGGAGGCUCCGGCCGACAAGCUAAUCAAUCUUCUGGCGAGAAAAGAAAAACCGUCAAUAAUGCCGAGGUAAACAUUAGAAUGAAGAGAAUUAAGCUGUCGACCAAUGCUGGGCUAAUUGCGACUGAUAACGCUGCAGCAACAAGCAGACUUUCCGACAUGGCUCCAAGUCCACCGAGUGCAAGCGACAAUGUUAGACCAAUUAGCUUGAGGGCUGUCACUAAGUCCAUCAAAAUGGUAAAAACUAAAGUCAUAAUUCCACGUGACCAUCAGUUCACUGCUGCCAGAAUUUCGCCGUACGGACGCCCGAUCGAUAAGGUCAGAUCGGUACUAGAACUUUUUAUUGGAAUAAAUGAUGCCAUCAAGGCGCACCGGUCAUUAUUCAUGGACACUAAGAUAUUACAUCGUGACAUUUCGGUGAAUAAUAGACUGCUGACCGGCACCAAAAAGACUGACAAAAUCGAUGGUGUAUUGAUUGAUCUAGACUUGGCCACCUCGUUGAAAGAAGGCAAAGGUCAGGAAAAGGCUCGAUUGAUGACUGGCACUAUGCAAUUCAUCGCACCGGAAAUUCUGAGCAAGAGCUUUGCAGAUACGGACGCAGCUAUCACUUAUAUGUAUCGGUUCGCGCCUAGAUUUAACGAUAUCAAGGAUCUUGCAGAGAAAUUCUGGUAUAUACCAUUUUUUUCGCAAAUAUCUAAACUAAAAACUCAGAGGACCCUCACAAGUUGUGCGGACCUAUAA